CGGGGUUUACCGGCACGAGGAGGGAGCCGAGAAAAAGAUGGCGUCCGUCCGCUAGGCGGUCUGGCAGCGGCGGCGGCGGCUGCGAGAUGCCCUCUCCUCUCGCAUCAUUUGUGUCGUCUCGCUGCCGUCUCGCCGCCUGUUAAGAGCGACGGUGGGUCGCUUUGUCGGUAAGGAGGAGGAAGACGAGAAGGCGCUACGUUGGUUGAGGCGACAAGAAUGUCAGCCCUGGACAUGUUAGGCGAGCUCGGAUACGUGGCCGCGGCUGGAGGAGGAGGAGGCGGCGGCGGUGGAGUUGGUGGUGGAGUUGGCGGUGGAGGCGCGGCCGCUGGUGGAGUCUUUGGUGGCGUCGGAGGUGCUGCUGGCUUUAGAGGAGGAGGAGGAGGCGGUGGAGUUGGUGUUGGUGGUGGCGGCGGAGUCGGUGGUGGUGGUUAUGGAGGAAUUGGCGGUGGUGGUUAUGGAGGAGGAGGAGGUGUAACUGGUGGUGGUGGAACUGGCGGUGGUGGUGGCGGUGGCAUCAGCGCCGAACUGGAGGUGAAGAAGCUACAGGAGCUGGUGCGCAAGCUGGAGCAGCAGAACGAGCAGCUGCGUAGUCGCUCGGGUCCCCUUCAUGGACCGAAGGCGACCAAAGCUGCGCCCCAGGGCCCCCUCCGCGAGCUGCCGGGCACCCACCCCAGCCCGGGGAACGGCUGGGCACGGCAACCCGGGCUGGCCUGCGGGGCCGACCCCGACAACUGUUUUGGUGGCGGCUUCACGAGCAGCCCCCGCUUCGGUAGCCCCGAGUUGGGCCGUCGGGUCCUGCGAGACGGCCUCGUGAUGAAGGCCCAGCCACAGGGUGGAAAGAACUCCCCCAUUCUUCCUGCUGGCACAAGGACGGCGCAGGGCGUGAGCGAGGACGAGGACGGCGGCGGUAGCAGCUGGCAGCAGCAGCAGCGGCAGCAUCGGCAACCUCACACUGGACGAGGUGGAACUGCUAGGACCUCGCGCCUGAGCGGCGAGCGCGAGGAGGACAGCUGGCUGUACGCGUCGCCCGUGAAGGCCAGAAACACCUCCCUGAGUCCACUGCAGUGGAGUCGCCAAGUCCUGGACCACCCGAGUCCGCAGAUGGUGGCCGCCAAGCGCUCGCUCGCACAGAGGCUCGACGCCAACAUGUUCGCCAACAACCGCCGAAGCUUCGUCUGCAACCCUUACGCGAGCGCCUCCUGCCAUGGCACGCCGCGCUAUGCCGGCCUUACCGCCGCUAGCCUUGGCGGCGCUGCCACCAGCCUUAGCGCCGCGCGCGAGUCCCUGACCCUCUUGGGCCACCGGCAGCAGCAGCAGCAGCAGCAGCAGGCGAUCGCCAGCCCGUACGGGAGCCCCGUUUCCUACAGCGACGAGCGCCGUGCGACCGCCUUCCCGAUGCCGUCGUUGUUCUCGCCGUACCCGGGCGCCGCCGGGGGCAGCGGCGCUUGCUCGCCCCUCUCUCCCCAUCCCUCGUCGUCGGCCGACAGCGAGCCCAGCGUGCCGGGCAGCCGCGUGAGCGAGCCGGGCAGCCGCGUGAGCGAGCCCUCCGUCUACGUGUCGCUCUCGCAGUCCAUGGAGACGGAGAGCGACGACGACGACAUCAUCGGCUGCGUCGGCGGGGACAGAGACGACGACUUCAGCGCGGGCGCCUACAAGCUUCAGGAUGUGACGGACGUUCAGAUCCUCGCACGCAUGCAGGAGGAGAACCUGCGCCAGGAGGCGUCCGCUAGCGCCUCCCGCCGGAGCUCUGGUGCGUCGUCGGCGCAGUCGCUGCGCGGGUACAGCCUCGCCUCCAGCGACCAGGAGCUGGACCGCGACGAGCCCCGGCACGGCGCCGGUGAGCACGAUGGCGAGUACGCUGCCGGCGACGACGAGGUGGAGGAGGGCGACGAUGAGGAGGAGGAGGAAGAGGACGAGGGCUACGUCGUCUCGCACCGGGACCGCCGCUUGUCGCGCCCGAUGGCGGCGGCGUCGCGCGAGCUCCUCGUGCGCCGCCUGGCACCGUCUCCCGCUGUCCGGCAGCAGCAGCAGCAGCAACGGCAGCAGCAGCAACGGCAGCAGCGGCGCGUGGCGUCGCCGCGCUCGCGCUCACCUUGCCCCACUGAGCCCGCGGGAGGGUGUCGCCGGCGGGAGCGGCGGCGCCGCAGUCGGCGCAGCUGGCGCAGCUGGCUCAGCUGGCGCAGCUGUCGGCGUUUGCGGGCGGGUACGGGCAGCGCUGGCGCGGCGAAGCUUUCGCUGCCCGGUCAGCAUGCGCCGGUGCUGGAGCUGGUGCAGCACCGGCAGGCGCACGAUGACGAGAGGAUGAGAGGGAGCUUACCCAACUUGUUCCGCCCGCCCUCUGCUGGCUCCACGGCCAUCGACGGCACGGCCCUGGGCGUCCGCAGCAGCCGUAGCCUCGAGUCGAAUCUGCAACUCCCGGGAGCGGUGGCCUCCCUGCGUCCGUCCGGGCUGCGGCAACCGCAAGGCGCUCCAUCCUCGAGCCGACUGCGCCCGCCAUCCGGCUGCGGCAUCCCCGUGAGCCCCAUGGCACGGCAGCUCAAACCGCCCACGUCACUUGGCUCAUCCGGCACGCUCCCAACCCCCUCCUCCUCCUCCUUCCCCGCCACCGGUGCCACUCUCCCUGGUGCCAGUCGGCUGUCAACACCGCCGUCGUACGGCUCGCUCGCCUUCUCCGUGCCGGCGCCGGGACGGCACUCCAGCGCCCCGGCCGGCGGCACAGGAAGGCUCGUGCCGACGACCGGCGGCAGGCACAGCCCCGGCGGGGCCAGCGGUAUCCCCAUCGCGGGACGACAAAGCCCCGGUUCGAUGUCCGCCUCCGGCGCCGCCGCUUCUUCCCCGUCCUCCUCUUCGGCCUCCGGCUGCUCUCCCUCGGCGCUGGGAACCGGCGCGGGACCCGGGCCGGCUCGGCCGGCGCCGGCGGGCCCUGGGACCGGUGCGGGCGUAAGGAGCGGGCUGCCACGGCUCGGCGCGCCGGGAAGCGGUGCAUCCCGAAGCAGGCUGGCGCAGCCCGUACGCAGAUCCCUGCAGCCACCCAAAACCUACAGCACUUUUAGAGACGACUCGUGGAACGAAGGCUGCUACUGAGCGGCCGAGGACGGCCGCAGUGGUGCCGCCGUCACCGCCACCAACCUCCUUCUCGUGACGCCUUCACCGCGUAACUGUCGGCACUUGCUACGCCCGCGUAAUGGCUCACGGUUGCCAUCUGCGUUUACAGACGGUGUUUCGUCCUCGCCACCAUCGUCAUCGUCACCGCCACCGCAGUCACGAUCGUUGUUUAUUUUUUUGCUGAAAGACGAUGGUUGGACUGCGUCUUUGUCGUGGGUGAAGGGAGUGAGAAACAGGGUUUUUUUAGAAGGGCUGUCGUGAUGGUUGUUGCUGCGAUGAACAAAGCGAUUCGUGUUUUGUGCGAAUAAGUGUUGAUUCAGAGCGCUUAGGAGUCAGGGUAAUAGCUAAGCAUGGAACGAUUUCACCACCCCACCUGGCACUUUGAUAAAUAUCACGAUUUGGGGUAUUAAUUCCAUUCAAGAACCAAUCAGUUGUUUUUUGUUUCCAUUUUUACCGUCUUGUUUGUAUUUCUUAUUUUUUCCCAUCCCAUUUGUUACUGCUCCAUUCACUCCGUGUACCUAAACGUAGAAUUUGCAUGUAAUUUUCUGACAGUUGCAAAUAGUCGAUUCUCACACAAACGAUUCAAUGCGUGCGUCUGGAGCACGCGAAUCGAUUUUAACCGUCGAGUCGGUGGAUCGUUGCAUGCUUUGGUCAUGGCGGGGACGCUUGAAGGUCCGCUUCUCUGCGGUUUCUGGAGAGCGACGGUUUUGACGAUUUGGAACGCGGCAACCUUCCAGCACCGCCGUUUACAGAACACGAUAAUCCGUUAUUAUAGCUCGCGCGCCAAAAUGUAACAGUUUUACUUGGUUUUGUUUUCUCGCCGUCUGAGCGCUGACGUUUUUUUUGAGCGCCACGCUUCUGCCCGCAGCCCGCUCUCUUCUCCCUGUCCCGCCCCCGCCCCAAGCGGCCGCCACGGUUGUAGGGAUGCAAAAUAACGGCAAGCAGAGACAAUCUGGCAGCGAUCGGCUGAGAGGUAGGGUUCAUGGUGUACGCAGCAUCUUGUAUCAGUGAGUGAGGGUUAGGUCCGUACACGUUGGGUUAGGAUUAUAUGUAGUAUCACAUGAAAUUGGAUUUGAGAUACACACAAGGUGACAGGUAAUUGGGUUAGGGCUAUAUGCAGGAUUACACUUCAGUUGGGUUAGGGUUGGAACUACAGUAUGCUCCACAUCACAUGUCUGUUGGGUUAUGGCUGUCAGCAUCGUCAAAAGUCAAGUGGGAUACGGCAAGGGCUGUACGCAGCAUCACGUGAGAGAGGUUACAGCUAUACAGCACAUGCAGCGUCCAGUUCAUUCAGUCUUCAAACCAUAUUAGACAUCAGUUGAGUUCAGUCUAUAAACUGGAUCAAAUGUCAUUUGGGCUAGGGCUCUGCACUGCUUUAUAUGCCAGUUGGGUUAGGGUUAGGGAUAUGCCCAACAUAAUGUGACUUGGUUAUAGGGUUCUGCACAACAUUACUCCUCAGUUGGGUUAGAGUUAGGGCUCUACACAGUAUCACGUGUCAGAUGGGUUGGGGUUAGGGCUACACACUUAUUACAUGUCAGUGGGUUGGGGUUAGGGCUGUACAUAGCAUUACACUCGAGUUGUGUUAGGGUUAUACACAGUAUCGCAUGUCACUUGGGUUAGGGACGUACUAUUUACAGUGUCCACACGUCAGUUACUUCGUGCUGAAGACCACCCUCUCACGGGUCUUUCGGUGGCCGUUCUUUGCAACUGGUCCAGCCAUGGUGUUUGCCGGACACUGUUGCUUCCCGUCCUGGGGCCACUCGUGCUGCUUCUGGGAAGAGCAGGGGCUAAGUGGGCCCACCGGGCGACUCAAAAUGUCGCACGCGUCAUUAACAUGGCCACGUGAGCUGAAGUGGACGUUUUUAUUCCACAUACCCCUCUCCCUCCAUUCUACAGAUGCUCUGCCCCCAGAGGUCGCAAUAGGGUACCCGAUACCCGGCUACCCUACCCGGCCGGGUACGGGUACCCGUUUGCAACCCUGGUGCGGCUGGGUACGGGUAAGGAAUAAAAACCCGUUUGCGACCUCUGCCUGCCCCACAUUCUACAGGUGGUUUCGGUCGUACGAUGUUGGCGCUUUAGCUAGCGGUCAAGUUUUUGGUGAAGUUGACGAGUCGAUGGUUGCUGUCAAGCUCGCUGCCGUGUCAUCGCACUCACCCCUUGCUGUUGUGCACAGGGGAGGGACCUCUCCUCGUUUGGUCUUGACAGAACCAAAAGGAAACCUCGACAGCUCAUCAUCCAUUCUCAUCACAAACGUAUUUUUGCUGUAUUUACACACACAGACACUCGGUGGUUCCUUCCUUGGCAUGUGUGUAUGUGCUACAGCUGCCAUACUGUUUAUCUUUAUUGAUUUUAAAUCGCUCUGAUCUCCCAAAUGGGGGGAAAAAAAGCAAAGUUGCCAUGAAAUGGGUUCACCAACUAUGAGAGCCCAGAUGUUCUCUCACCUGAAUCUCAGACGUUGUCACCCGUUUAUAAGUGAUGAUGUCUGUUGUACUUACAUUUGCGAUGACUUGAAGAUCACAAAGGCUCUCAACGUAUGCAUUGCGCUUUGCGCUGACAGCCGAGUCAUAAUAUUUAAUUACAAAAAGUAUUAUUUUCUUUUCUUUAAAGCUAAAAAGAAUAAUUCAGUAUUUAUUGAUACUGCCUGCCAAACGAUGUUUUAUUAAUGUUUAAUGCAUGCCGUUUAUUUUACCACAAGUGCAUAUUAGUGUUGUUGAAUCCUCUCUGCUCUCGCGAAGUCUCGCAAGCGGACGCGCUAUUUAUCGGUGUAUGUGAGUCAACCUGUGCCUUGUUCAUUCACAGUCCCUGUGGUUCGCUUCAGAGGUGAACGGAAGGAGCGGCAAUGGAGUGAUCACUCGCUAACUCCACCGUGCGUUGUUGUGUAACAUUAUGGGUAAAAGCAAACAUAAGCAGAAAUCCGUUCUGUUUCCACAUGUAAAUAAAACCUCUUUUUUGAAAUCCUUAAGCCAAUUGGCUCCCAAGACCAAUAUCAAGCAAAAUGUAUUUAAGCAAGUAAACGCUGGACCGGUUUAUUUACCUAUAUUUAUAUAUCAGGCCGGUGACACGGCUUACCGUUAGUAUGUUGACCUCUCGUUGCAGGGGUUCCAGUUCGAAUUCAGUGGCCGUCCUGGUUAUUGCUGCGGUGUGCAUUCACCGUAAAUAUACUGCCUCGCAGUGGACGUUAGAAAUAUCUCUGGCAUACUCUUGCGAAUGACGUUUCAUUCUGUGCCAGCGUUGUGACCCAAGUUUUAAAAAUGACACCUCACUUGGGAUCAUAGCAAUCAUUGUCUGUCACUGCGAAAACUUGGCAAGAUUGUGUCCUGAAAAAGAGUCGUGAGCCAUAGAUGAGGCCCUCCUGGGUAAACAAGCAUUAUAAUAUGGAGACAGAAUGCAGUUCUGCUUAUAUUUUCGUGAACAGAAAUUGGGGAAGAGGAAAGGGUUGCACAGAAAGAGGUGAAACGGAAAGACACUCCUUCGCAAGCCGGGCCAGGCCACCAAACUUUUUGGCCGGCAAUUCACGCCCAGCGUGUAACGUUCCAGCAUCGCACAACCACGUGAGUUACCACUAGCACCAUCGAGUCUCUGCCCAUCACUGGCGGUCCCGGUCGAGGAGUUGCACGAUUUUUUUUAUCGAACCAAACUCGCGGGUUCCCCAGGAGGUGAUGACGGCUCGAGCGGGGGGGGGGCGAGGUGUGGUUCAUCCAUGCGUCAUCUCCUCGCGCGUGCACCGUUGGGGCUUUAGAGUAAGGCGGUGGUGUGAGCCAUCCGCGAGCUUGCCAAAAUGCGCGUCGUGGCGAGUCGCGCUGCGUAGAGGCCGAAGGCCAGAAAGUGUAAAGCUCUUGGUCAUCCCACAGUCUGUCGCACCAAUUCGAGUUUAAGCCAGGCUUGGUCGGUGGAUAGCGCUAGGCCAGUCUUAGAAAUGCAUCCUCGCGAAACCUUUGCUUCAUCCUUUCUAGAUUUGAAGUUUUCGUGACUGCAAGGAUCCAUACUCUUUGGCUUUUUCAGUGAAGUCACGUAGGUUAAAAAAACAAAUAAAUGAAAUCACGACGUUUCGGAGGCAACACAAGCUUCCGUCUUCAGUUGGAACCGUCACAGCAAAAUUACUGCAUCAAGUUUCUCAAAAGACGACUCCACCCUAAAAUAUGGGUAGUGCUUGUGUAUGAUUUCCGAGGCUUUGUGGUCCUGAUCGUCGGACACGAGUGAGGAUUCGUUAAAGAGAAAAUCGACUUCAAAGUUACGGCCACGCGUGCUGCCAUAGCACGCCUGAGUGAUGCCACUGCAUGGAAGCGUUCAAACACAUGGGGAUGAUGAUGGCACUUUGAUGCCACUCAAGUGCUCUGGAGGCACGCAGGAACAUAAUUUUUUUCAAAUAUAUAUAACUAUCAUUAACUUGGGUACAUAUCUACAAGAGCGCUUUUGGUUUUGUUGCACGUUCACUUACGACUGAUUUAAUCUCUUGUGAAUUGAAGCCUCCUUCAGCCCCGCUUUCAACUCGUGUCUUGAGCUUUCCUUCAGCCUUUUGUUUUACACUUGUUACGAUCUAAUCUCAGCCUUCAUCACUUGAUGUCUCAUACAAACCCUGGUUUAGUUACGGAAGCAUUCACUGUCCCGAAUGCCUGGUUUGAGUAACUUGACUGCCGUUUUAAGUUCAGCGCCCUCGUCAAAUCAAGGAUCUGGGAUGAUCAAGAUGCUAAUUUAUAACUCGUCACGCAACAUUACAUGGACCGGAAUUCCAUGGUCUGCAUCGCUGUAUCCGGUUGUUAUUUUCUGAUUAACGUUUUGUUAAGUUCGCAACACCCUGCACUGUACAUAUGCCUGCUGUUGGAAUAAACGAGCUGCAGGAAUCGU